GCCAAGGCGAAGACGUCGGCCGCGCAGGCGCGAUACGACGCGCGGUCGGUCGCCAGGCCGGUGGACCGGGAGGCCUUAGAGAGGGCGUCGGCUGAGCUUGCGGAGCAGAAGGCGCUUCUGCGGCAGCUCGAGCAGGAGCUGAAAAAGAGCAAAGCCAGCGAGGCAUCUCUGGAGGAGAGACUGCUGGAGCAACAAGAAGGCUGCGACGCUGAGGCGGAGGUGAUGCAGGCAGAGGCAGAGGCAGCGAGGCGCGCGGCGGAGGCGAGGCAGCGUGAGCUCACGGCGAGCCUCGAGGGCAGGGGCGAGGAGGUCAGCAGGGCGGAGGCGAGGCAACGUCAGCUGGAGGCCCUGCUGGAAAGCAAGGAGGGCAAGGAGCGCGAGAUGGAGGCCUUGCUGGAACGCAAGGGCCGAGAGCUCGCGGAGGCGGAGAGGUCCGCGGCGGAGGCGGAGAGGGCGCGGGCGGCUGCGGACGCGCGCUACGGCGGGAUGCUCGCCAUGCUCAAGGUCGUGGGCGACCGGGCCCAGGAGGCCACUGGCGGCGAGCCUCUGCCGGACCUGGCCGCGCAGCGCGAGGCCGCCCGGGAGGCGACGCGCGCCAACGAGCGGGCCGCCGCAGAAGCGGAGGAGGACUCAGACAUGGGCCCCUGCGGAGGCAGAGUGGCACAGAUGCGGGCCUCUCUGGACAGCGAGAUGCUGGAAGAUCGAGGCGCUCUGCUGGAGGCGGCGAAAGCGCGAGUGAAGACACUGAACAAGGCUUUGCGAGGCAUCGCGAAAGACACCGGCGCCUACGACGCCGGCAAUCUGUUCGGCUUUCUUGACAGUCGGAGUGGGGAAGAGCUUGUGCAGGAUAUCUUGACCCGCGUCGACGCGCUCAAGAAGAAGGGGCGCCAGUGA